GCUCAGCAGUGCGGGAUCUUUGCUCCCAAUUGAGGCGUCGGUUGAUCCAUCCAGGGAGGACCUCUUUCCACUAGAAUAAUUGAUGCUAAAGUAGUGGAGCGGAGGGGAGUGGAGUAGAGUGGGUUGGUAGGAGUGGCUGAGGAGCUGGCAGUCUGCUUUGCAUGAAUCGUGGACUCCCAAGUUUAGCGGCUGUGUGCAGCUCAGAUAUUUCCUGCCAGACGCGCAGACUGAUCCGAGGCUAGGGCGGAGGAGACGAGGAGAGGGAUGGCCGAGAAUUGCUGUGAGACGAGCGGCUCCGCUCACCGGAGAUGCGUGGCCCAUUCUCCGGCAGAGAGGAGCAUUCCAUCCGGUGUCGGCGCAUCGAAGUGGAUCCGACUGAACGUCGGGGGAACGUAUUUUUUAACAACGAGGCAGACGCUGUGUCGGGAUCCAAAAUCAUUUCUGUACAGACUGAGCCAGGCUGACCCAGAGCUCGACUCCGACAAGGAUGAAACUGGUGCCUAUCUCAUAGACAGAGACCCGACGUAUUUUGGGCCAGUGCUCAACUACUUGAGGCAUGGCAAACUGGUGCUCAACAGGGACUUGGCAGAGGAAGGUGUGCUAGAAGAAGCCGAGUUCUACAACAUCACAUCAUUAAUAAAACUCAUCAAGGACAAGAUCAGGGAACGCGACUGCAAAACAUCACAGGUACAUGACGUUGAGGUUCCGGUGAAACACGUGUACCGGGUGCUGCAGUGUCAGGAGGAGGAGCUGACACAGAUGGUGUCCACCAUGUCGGAUGGCUGGAAGUUUGAACAGCUUGUCAGUAUAGGUUACGGGCGGGCCCACCAGUCAGAGUUUCUGCUGAUUGUGUCAAGGGAGGUGAAGGGAGAGGCGCCUGCUUUGCCAAACAACAGCGGAGAGCUGGUCAGCAUAGGUUCCUCUUACAACUACGGAAACGAAGACCAAGCGGAGUUCCUGUGCGUGGUCUCCAAGGAGCUUCACAAUCAAUCGUACGGGACAAACAGUGAGCCCAGUGAGAAGGCUAAGAUUCUUCAGGAAAGGGGUUCCCGGAUGUGAGGAGGACUUAGUAUUAUGAGCUCCAGGUGUUAUGAUGCAAACAUAUCAUCUUUGUGGAAGAACAUUGGGCACAAUGGAGAUUUAAAGGGGGGUGGGGUGAGGGGGGGGUGUACAUUUAUUUAGUUUUCCCUCUCGUCUUUAUUUUUAUUUCUUGAUGUAAAUAAGUCUGUUUACUGACUAUUUGUGCCUGUACACUUAAACUGGACCUUUAUAAAUUAGCGGAAAGUUAUUGUGUGUUUUUUCUUUUUUUUUAGAAUUGAAAGUAAGGAACUGCAGUCUACAAAUGUUUUAUGCUAUAAAAAUAUGGCCGUCAUCAUAAAAGGCCAACGAUUACUCAGGGUGAGCUACUGAAUUCAUUAUAUCCUCCAACUCGAGGGAUUGGGAGAGGGAUCAGUAUGGUUUUUAUAACUCAAAGUAUCAACUCACAAUCAUUGUUUAAAGAUGUUAAGAAGGGAAUUGUGCAUUGAUUUAGUGCAUGUUAAAGAGUUGGUCUAUUAAAUGUGAAAUUCACCCUAAAAACUCAUUUGAUUUUCUCCUCUGAAUAUUGCAAACCUGAGUUUUGUGAUCAUGAGAAUCCCAACUAUACAUCACACAUGUUGCUGAGGUGGCAUUUUUUUACUUGGACAAUAAAUUACAUUUUCAGUAACAUGAAAAAUGUCACUGUGAUUUGACCGUGUAGGAUCGGGGGCGUUUAUCUCUUACAAGGCCUUUAUUGGUGAUGAGGAAAUAUUCAUAUCCUAAUUUCAUAUUAACUAAAUAAGCUAACGUGUCACAAUGGGGAAAAACAAAAGUUUUUUCACUUGGUUUCUUGGCAUUUCUUGGCUCAUGGCACCGUAUCCUCUGUUUUAACAUAAUUAUCCACUGAUGUGGUGUUUGUGUGCAGUGAGACUGUGUAAUUAUUGCAUUUUCAGGAAGUACACUUUUUAUUUUAGUAUUAGAGUUGAGGGUUUUUCCUCACUAAGAUAUUUCAAAUAUUUCUGCAGUAAAAUUUAGAAUUUUCAGUUGUUUGGACCUUUUUUUUGUUCACAUUUAAGCUUUUAGUUCGAGAUAAAUUUAAGAUUAACUGCCAAAAAUCAUCUAAGGUGUUUCAAAUAUGAUUUUUUUUUUUCUUUUUGUAAAACAUCAGUGUCCAUUUACUGUCUGAAAAACAUCCUCCAGGACAAAAUUGUCUCCUUCCCCUCCCCCCCUCUGAAUUUUCCUUAACUAGUUUAUUUUGUAUGAUUGAGGGAAUAAGUAUCUUUCCUUUCUUUAUCUUAUUCUUUUUUAAAAGAAGUAUUUGAUGUGUUAGGACUGGAAUUGUUUUGAAGGCUGUGGUGAAGGAUUUUUGUGUUCAUAUCCAGAGGAUUUUUAUUUUGAUGUAAAUAAUCCCAAAUUCAAUAGUAAUAUUUAACUCUUAAAGAAACUGCACGUUUUGUACACUGUAUAGAAAAACACGACUUCAAAGUGAAGUUGUUUAUACUGGAUCUUUAAAAAAAAAAAAUAAGAAUAAGAAUCUUGAUAAUGUUAACUUCUGUUUUUGCAUUGUUUGUACAGGACUAUAUAGAGAUUUCCAAGUUAGGGUUAAAAUAGCCGAUGCUGACUCUGGUGUCUUUCACUGAGAACAUCCCCUGGAACAUGUUUUGAUAACCAAUAACAAAGCUAUACUUGGCUGGCUAUGAAGUUGACUGUUACAUUUAAAAAACAAAACAAAAAACAUGUAUUUUUUGUUUCCUGCAGUGUGAAAGAUGAGCAUUUUUGUUGUGUAGAUUUCGUACACAGCAUAACAUGCACUGCAGUGGGAAAACAACACUGUGCACAUUGCUUACAGCCUGUAAUGUUAUAAAUGUAAAUAACAGCAUUUUAGACAACACUUUUUUUUUUUUUUUUUUUAAAUAGAAAGUUGUUUUUCAGGUUUGAUGUGUGGUUUUUUUGAUAGGUUGGAUAUUUCACUCACAAAUAAUGAUUUUUUUUUUUUUUUAGUGUUGCCUUGUUUUCCCCCUCAAUGACCAAAAUCCAAUGUCUUAUGUGUAUUGCACACAUUGAUCUUAGUGUCAGGGACGAGUAAACUUUUCUUAAUGCUGGCACACUUUGUACAUAUUUAACACACACAAACCUCCAUUUACUCAAAUAUACACUUGACUAAUACAAUUUUUAUAUUGUCGGGGGAAACCAGUAUGGAUGCAUGUUUUUGAUAUAGACACACACCACACACGCACACAAGGGCUUUUUAAAAGUGCAUAAUUUGAGAAGAGUUUAAAUCAAAGUAGACUGGAUUUCCUGCCAGAGAUAGGCUAUGUUUACAUUUGCUAUAGUAUUCUGAAGCCUUUCAAUUCUAUACGGUCUUGCACUCCCUCACACACACACACGUUAACAUGUGUCUGACUUGUGACUCCACUGAUUUUCACAGACAUUAUAAGAUAUUAUAAGAUGCAUCCAUUUCUGACAGUUUACGCCUCCAGUGGCAGAUUUGCUUACUUUUUUUAAUAGGAUGAAACUAGGCGUUAAGGUCUUGACAUAUUUUCUGCUAUGAGAUUUGAAGCAUUUUGUGUUUAACUUUGGUUGUUUUUAGUUGUAUCCUUGGUUGAUUAUACUUUAGUUCUGAUGUGUUAAGCCCUUAGUAAACAGGUUGUCCGUACGAGCAUUUGGAAAACGGCAAUCAUUUCAUGGAAUGGACAAACUUAUCACUUGUGUAGCCUAAUACUUUUUAAGUGCCCAGUUUGUUUUGCAUUCAAGUUAUUAUCCACCGAGCACUGUAAAUGCAUGAUGGAAAGACGAUCACACUUGUAAUCAGAGGGAAUGAAUGAAUGUCAUUUUUCCUCAAUCUUAACAGUUGCAUCGAGAGAAGAAAAAAAAGAAAUAAGGUCCUCAUAUCACUAUGUAGAUCACUACUGUAUGAUCUUAUGCAAUGUUCUAAAAUGUACAAACUAACCAUGAGGUUAAGGGGAUAGAUCUAUAUGGUCUUACAUAAAGUAAACACAAUAAAGAUGUUGUCAUUCA